GUCGUCUGAUAGCCUGAAGAAUAAAACUGAAAUUCCUUAUUGUUUGUAUCUACUCUCCGUUAAAGAUGGACAAAAGUGAAGUGGAAAUCAUAACAUGGCCUGAACUUUAUGAUUCAAAUACUACUAACAACAACAAUGAAACAAAUACCACUGAGCUUUGCACGAAUUCUUACUGCAUAUCGGACGAAGACUACAUUGACCUUAUUGAAGAAUACAUUUUCCCUACUCGUUAUGAGUGGACACUGAUUUUCUUCCACUUCUGCGUAUUCGUGGUGGGGUUGAUGGGAAAUGCUCUGGUUUGUAUAUCUGUGUACCGGAACAACACCAUGCAAACCGUAACCAAUUACUUCAUUGCCAACCUAGCAGUAGCCGAUUUUCUGGUGAUCCUGAUUUGUCUGCCACCGUCUGUUCUAUGGGAUGUCACUGAAACUUGGUUCUUCGGUGCUGUCAUGUGUAAACUGGUAUUGUACCUUCAGAGUGUCUCGGUGUCCGUCUCUGUUCUCACCUUAACUUUUAUAUCUGUGGACCGCUGGUACGCUAUCUGUUAUCCUCUGCAAUUCAAAAGCUCGACUACAAACGCUAAGGUUAUUAUAAUCUUUAUCUGGACCAUCUCGUUUCUUCUGGUUCUCCCAGAAGCUAUUGUUCUGGAUACCCAGAAGCAUCCGAACAUCAAGGUUGAGACAUACUACCUAACAGACUGCAGCUAUACCUGGGAUGGUCGAUAUACCUGCAUUUACCAAAUGUACAUUUUUAUUGCUCUCUAUAUUCUUCCUUUUAUCUUAAUGUCUGUCGUAUACUGCCAGAUCGCUAGAGUACUGUGGAACAGAGAUAUUCCAGGCUCAUCAGAGACAACUCUUCAUCAUCACGCUAGAAGAGGGAUCUUGAAGUCAGCAGGAAGAAGAGGGGAGCCGGAAGCAGACGUGGUUAACCCUAAUUGCGAAGGCCAGAUACAAUCUAGACGUAAAGCUGCCAAAAUGCUAAUUUCUGUAGUUAUAAUAUUUGGCUUGUGUUACCUCCCUGUUCAUCUGAUUAACACGCUCAGAUACACAGUUGGAAUUCCUCAGUCAGAUGCUACUUCUGUUGCUUCACUUCUGUCUCAUUGGUUAUGCUAUGCCAACAGCGCUGCAAACCCAAUUGUCUACAAUUUCAUGAGUGGGAAGUUCCGCAAAGAAUUUAAGAAUUCUUUUGCUUGUUUGUGUUUUCGACGAACGUACAGAGGUCGCUCUAGAAAAACCACCAACAUCUAUAAAUCCCGUUUUGCAAGUUCAACAACACACUUCGAGAACAUCAACCUCAACUCAUUUGUACAUUAUUCAUAAAAAUAAAAAUAACAAGAAAAUAAAUGAGUUAAAAUAUAUUUUGAAGUUCAACUGCUCGAUUAAGCUUAAGUGUGUUAUUAUGUUACAAUUUCUUGUGGUUAAAUUGGUACCUUCCUUACAUACCUUCAGUGACUAAUGUGUGAAACGUCAAUCCGCUGAAUUCAAGUUCAUGCAACCAAAUACCUUACUUUAAAAUGUUUUUUUUUAUAUUUCCGUUCUGGUAUUUAUUUUUGAGAUUUUUAUAUGAAUAUUGUUUUCUUAACAAAUUUAAAAACACAUUAAAUAUUACACGCAUGGAGUUUGAAACGUAUAUAAAUCUUUAAGGUCAAAAUCACGCUGUUAAAUAUUCUCAUUUUUAAGUGUCUUACUUUAGAAACUGAAGACUACCUUUGG